AUGGCCAAGCUCAAGUUUUGGUAUAUGCCUGGCAGCUGCUCUCUAGCUCCGCACAUCCUCUUGCGCGAGCUAGGUUUAGACGUGGAAACCAUCCAUGUCACAGACCUGUCCCCAAGCGGUUUGGGCGCUAUAAAUCCCAAGCGGCGUGUUCCUGUCCUCUCCAUCGACGGUGAGAUCAUCACAGAAGUGCCGGCAAUCCUGACCGCGCUCGCUCAGCUCGGAUCUCCAGAUCGUAAGCUACUCGGCAAAACACCCAUCGAAACCGCCAGAGUGUACGAGUGGAUGAAUUGGCUCUCUGGCCAGUUGCACGGAAUUGGAUAUGGUGGGCUCUGGAGGUCUGAACGAUAUUCGGAUGAUUCCAAUGCGUUGGAGAGCAUUAAGAUGAAGGGAAAGCUGAAUAUAAUAGCUGCCUAUGAGUUCGUCGAGAGUAGGAUAGAAGGGUUGCAUGCGGUUGGAGAUUCAUUUACGGUUGUGGAUCUGUAUUUGUUAGUUUUCUAUCGGUGGGGAAUGGCUAUUGAGCUGGAGAUGGAGAAGGAUUUCCCCAAAUAUACAGCUUUGAUCGCAAAUUUGGUGAAGAGAGACGCUGUUGUUAAGACGUUGGAGGAGGUGAAGUUGCCUCCACUGUUUGCGCCGAAGGUCUGA